AUGUCGACCUUUGGAAGCCAUUUCCGCGUGACGACCGCCGGCGAGUCCCACGGCAAGUCCGUGUCGUGCAUCAUCGACAACUGCCCGCCGGGCCUGGCCCUCACCGAGGCCGACAUCCAGCCGCAGCUCAACCGCCGCCGCCCGGGCCAGUCGGCCAUCACGACGCCGCGCAACGAAAAGGACCAGGUGACGAUCCACUCGGGCACCGAGUUUGGCCGCACGCUCGGCACGCCUAUCCUGCUCACCGUGCCCAACGAGGACCAACGCCCGCACGACUACGGCUCCAAGACCAUCGACCUCUACCCGCGGCCCUCGCACGCCGACUGGACCUACCUCGAAAAGUACGGCAUCAAGGCGAGCUCCGGCGGGGGCCGCUCCUCGGCGCGCGAGACGAUUGCGCGCGUCGCCGCCGGCGCCGUCGCCGAGAAGUGGCUGCGCGAGACGUACGGGGUCGAAAUCGUCGCGUUCGUGUCGUCGGUCGGCAGCAUCAAGCUCUUUGCCGACGCAGAGGCCAUGAGCGCCGACCCCAAGUUUCAGCGCAUGGCCGAGACGCUCACGCGCGAGCAGGUCGACGGCUUCCUGCCCGUGCGGUGCCCGGACGCGGAGGCGUCGGCGCGCAUGGAGGCGCGCGUCGCGGAGCUGCGCGACGCGCACGACAGCACCGGCGGCACCGUGACGUGCAUCAUCCGCAACGCGCCGUCGGGGCUCGGCGAGCCCGCGUUUGACAAGAUGGAGGCGCUGCUCGGCCGCGCCAUGAUGUCCAUCCCGGCCGUCAAGGGCUUCGAGGUCGGCUCCGGCUUCCUCGGCGCCGAGAUGAAGGGCAGCGAGCACAACGACCCCUUUGUCGUGCCGCCCACCGCCGCCAGCAACCCCGCGUCCGUCCACGGCAUCCCCAGGUCCCGCCUGCACACCAGCACCAACCACUCGGGCGGCAUCCAGGGCGGCAUCUCCAACGGCAUGCCCAUCUUCUUCCGCGUCGCGUUCAAGCCCCCCGCCACCAUCAGCCAGAACCAGACCACGGCGCUGUACGACGCCACGGGCGCCGGCGUGCUCGCCGCAAAGGGCCGCCACGACCCCUGCGUCGUGCCCCGCGCCGUGCCCAUUGUCGAGGGCAUGGCGGCGCUGGCCGUGGCUGAUGCCGUCAUGGCGCAGCACGCGCGCCUGGUGGGCAGGCAAAUGGCCUCGACGCCUGCCAGCUAG